AUGUCUGACUCAGAUGGGCUAAUUGACCCUAUUGACGAGGGAGGCGACGACCUUUUCGGCGACGAAGGCGACGACGAUAUUGUACCUACCAAGGAGUCGGUCGAUGAAGAUGAUGAGCUCGCCUCGGACCCAGAAGGGGACAGCUACGCGCGGUAUCGCAACGACGAUGAAGACCAAGCACAAUUAGAGACUAAGGAGCGUGCUGUCCAAACUGUCACGACCUACCGGCAUCGAGUUCCCAAGCCCAAAGAUGGCGCGUUACGAGUCCUUCGCGUUCCCAAAUUCAUCAAGAUCAUGCCUGAAGAAUACAACCCCGAUACGUACCAGCCAAGCGAAUUCGAUAUUGCGAAUGCCAAGGCUGAACACCCCAAACACGUCGCCCGAGUUCGAAGAGACCACAGCACCGGCGAGCUGAAAAGCAACACAAACGUCUUCCACUGGAGCGAUGGAUCAGUGACUAUUUCUGUCGGUGGAGAGCACUACGAAAUCAACAGAAAGGCGCUCGCACCACCUGCAGACAAGCCCUACAGCGAGGUCCAGGAUGGCCACUACUACGCCGCUGCCGCCGAACUACACAGCAAUAUCCUCAUGACGGUUGGACAUAUCACGGAGCAAUACAGCAUUCGACCUAACAAGGCCGUCGGAGACGAUGCGCUGACCCGCCUUGCUGAGAGAAUGGCAAGCGCCAGUAAGCCUGCGAACGCAACAAAUAUGAUUAUCAACACUACUGAGGACCCCGAACUCCAGAAGAAGCAGGCUGAGUUGGCCGAGAAGGAGAGAAACAAGGCUCAGAGAAAACGAGAAAACGCCGAGGCCAAGAUGGUUGGUGGCGUAGGUAGAUCGUCUGGGCGCGGGGGAGGAUUGUCCAUUGGCGAUCUUGAGGGAGGCCGCCGUGGUGCAGCAGGCUCUCGCAAGCGUGGCGCGCCCAGCGCAGGCAAGAACAGAAGACGUCGAGAUGAAGAGUCCGACGAGGAUCUUGAGGACGCCGUGGGCCGACACGAAGGCUACUCGCUCGAUGAUGGUUUCAUCGUUAACAGUGACGAUGAGGAAGCCGACAGCCCAGCCGAUGACGACGAUGAGGAAGAGCUUCUCGACGACGAUGAGGAUGAGAAGCCUCGGUCCAAAAAGCGACAGAGGACAAGGGAUCGCAGCGACGACGACGGCAGUGAUGUCGAACAGGCGGCAGGACGAUCUCGUCGGAGGAAUGUCAUUGACGAUGACGAUGAUUAG